GUCGAUUCUGACAUGAUUCUCUAAAGCUAAACUUAAAUUUAACAACAGUGUAUCCUUUUCAGUUUCUAAACGGAGUGAAAAAGCGAGACUGAUUUUAAAUUUAGUUUUAAGUUUAGAGAAUCAUGCCAGAAUCGACCCCAACUUAAUGUCAAACAUAAUAACUGCACGGAGUGGAAGUUGGACUGUACCUCAAUCCAAUCAGUUAAUGACAUCAAUUUCUAUCAAUAGUCAAUACCGUAGGUCAAUAGUUCAAUACCUAUCAUCAAUCAUAAUAAAGUAACUGUCAUCAAUUUAGUAAUGUUGCUGUGUCCCAUCCUCUCCCAAAGAAUUUUUAAAUUUAAAUGAUGGCAGAUUCCAAUAAUUUAAUAGUAUGUCCAGUGUGUAAUCGCGAAUUCAAGAAAGAAGUUAUUGAGGAACAUGUGAAUAAAUGUUUGUUUCUAAAUGCUUCGGGGCAAAGUGCCUCAAAAAGAGAGUUGGCAAACUCUGAUAGUACAACUACUGUUACACUUCCAAAAAGAAGAAAAUUAAAUUCGACUUCAACUGGUUGCCCAAUAGUAGAACAAAAAGAAUCUAUUGAAGUUGUUAACUCUUCUCAAAAACAUCAUGCAACUGUAAAUAGAAUGAAUAAAAUAACAGUCCCUUUAGCUGAACAAAUGAGACCACUCCUAUUGGAUGAUAUUAUUGGGCAUAUAGAUUCAUUUGGAAGAGGAACAAUGUUGAGGUCAAUGCUAGAGCAGAGAAAAAUUCCUAACAUGAUCUUAUGGGGACCUCCUGGUUGUGGAAAGACCUCUCUAGCCAAUGUAAUUGCAAACAUAUGCAAAGAAAGUAAAACUAUGAGGUUUGUUAAGAUGUCUGCUACAAUGGCUGGUAUUAAUGAUGUGAAGGAGAUAGUAAAAAUUGCUAAGAAUGAGGCGCAAUUCAAAAAGCAAACUAUCCUUUUCAUGGAUGAAAUACACAGGUUUAACAAAUUGCAACAAGAUACCUUUUUACAACAUGUUGAAAAUGGAACAAUCACCCUCAUUGGUGCUACAACUGAGAAUCCUUCAUUUAGUUUAAAUAAUGCCUUACUAAGCCGUUGCCGAAUAAUAACAAUGCAAAAGCUGUCUGUUGCUGAUGUAUUGGAAAUAUUGAAGAGAGCGGUAAAAAAAAAUUGUAACAUAUUAGUACAGGAUUCCAGGAGUAGUUUUGAUGAUAUGUCUAAGGAACAAAUUCCAAGUAUUAUAGUGGAAGAAGAAUCAUUACGAUGGUUGGCGGAAAUUUGUGAUGGAGAUGCUAGAAUAGCUUUGGGAGCUCUAGAACUUGCAAUUACUUCUCGGGACACAGAGAGCGACGUGUGCAAGGACGGACCCACAGUUCUAUCACUUGAUGAUAUUAAAAAUGGUAUAAAGAGAACCCACAUGUUAUACGAUAAAAAAGGGGACGAACAUUACAAUACUAUAUCGGCGAUACAUAAGUCAAUACGAGCAAGUGAUGACAACGCUGCUUUAUAUUGGACUACCAGAGCAUUGCACGGAGGGGAAGAUCCGAUAUUCAUAGCACGUCGGCUUAUACGUGCAGCUUGUGAAGACAUUGGUUUAGCUGAUCAAUCAGCCCUUGUGGAAGCCGUUGCGUGUUUACAGGGUUGCCAGCAAAUAGGGAUGCCAGAAUGCGAUGUAUUGUUAGCACAGUGUGCUGUUAGACUGGCAAGGGCCCAAAAGAGUCAAGAGGUUUACAGAGCCAUGAAAAAAUGCCAAAGUCAUUUAAAAGAGUCCAAAGGACCUUUACCGCCAGUACCACUUCAUUUAAGAAAUGCACCUACUAAACUGAUGAAACAGUUAGGUUUCGGGAGUGGGUAUAACAUGUUGCAUAAAGAUGAGUCCGGUCUCUCGUAUAUGCCACAAGGUAUGGAGGAUUACGAUUUCUUCAACCCACCUGGAGUGUAAUGGAUCCAAAAAAAAAAUCUAAUAAAACACAAGAUUCCUACUGUCAAUGUUUUUAUUUGAGAUAAUCUCAUUUUACAAUUGAAUGACAUCGUAAAAAUUUAUAUUUACAAGACGCAAACUGUAAUAUUACAAAUUUACUUAAUAUUGUACCUUUUGUAACAUUGUGAUGGCUCUUGCCAAAUUUUCGAUCCUAACCUUACAAAAAUAAAAUAACAUUAUCUUAUUUUACAACAUUUACUACUUGCACAUUGUGCACAAACACGCCAUAAUAAUUUACAUCAUUUCAACUACAGACUACACACUUGAUUUCUUCAUAUUUUAUAUUAUUUUCUAGAAACUUGACCUAUCAAAUUAUUCUUAACUAAUAAUCUUAAGUAGAUUAGAUACAUUAUAGAUAUCGCAUAAACGAGACAAAAAUUACAAUCCAUUGAAAAGCUUUCAUGGUCUUUUGACAUUUUGCCUUGUUCACAUGAUAUACGUGAACUAACAUGCGCGUUGUAGACUUGGUUUUCGAUCCUUCAUACGUAAAAUUGAAACUUGCUUAACUUUUGUAAGCCAUAUAUUCAAUACCAUUUACCACAUUAUGGUAUAAUGUUGGACCUUUUGAAUUUAGGCAUAGGUAUUUCAGAGGAUGGAAAAUCAAAGAACAGUUUAGAAAAUCUGUACAGGAGAACUUUUAAUAACUUAUUCUUAAACCUUACCCUAUGGUUAUAAGCGAAAAUUUAUCUAAGUGCUCUAAAUAAAAAUAAAUUAGAAUCAGACUUCUAAUUUUCGGUCCUAAUGUGACAGGAACAAUGUGUCGUUUGGGUCCAAAUAUUUAAAAAUAUUAGAAUAGAAACAAAUACCUUCGCAGUGUAUCACACUUAAAUUUUCAUAGGUCAUAAGUUCAUAAAAUAACUAAGUAAGUAAAUGUAUAUAAUAAUAUAGACAUAAAUUGUAUAAAGUGGAACGUUUGCAAAAAACAAAAUUGUAUAUAGAAAUAUAGCUCACACUAACAUUGAUUGAGAUUGAUUGGGUUUUAAAAGAUGUAGUCGGGGCCCGCCAUGUCGAUCGCCCAGCGAAACUUGUCGCGUUGAGUUUUGUUGUAAAUCUUCUCGAUAGGUACGUCAUGCUUUUUACACCUGAAAUUAAAGUAGUAUAUGAAAAUCAACAGAUAUACGAGGGUCGAGAUAAUUGAGCUUAGAAGUGCCUAAAGCAAUUGUUUUGUUUUCAUCACGGUCUGUUUCCUGCAAUUCCAAUUUCUUAAGCUGCUCUCUCAAACGCUCUAGGGCUUUCUUUUUCUUGUCACAAGCUAGCUUCUCUUUGACUGAGCCACGUUUGGCUGCCUUAGUAGCCUGCCGCAAAUCUUCCUCAGCUUCAUCCACUUGAUCACGUUUUGCUUGAAUCUUUUCUUUCAAAGCUUCCAUGGACUUAGAAUGCCCUGAAAAGAGAAAUAAAACAUAAAAAAAUUAAAUUUGUAUAGCAUUGUCUAAAAAGAGAAAUUUUAGAUAAUGCUGUACUAAAACACACAAAAAUUCCAAUAGUAAAAAUCGAACUUAUAAGUAUACCUUUUGGGACUGCUCUCUGAUGGUUGCAAAGUAUGGCUACAGCACGGUUAGCUCUGUUAUAAGCUAGAAUUUUUUCAGGUAUAGAAACAUCACCAUCUGUAAGCUCAUCUAAUUGUCUUUGUAAUGUAAUAGAGGCAUUGUAAGUACGGAAAACUUUUGCAGUUAAACCUGGCAUUAGAUCUUUCAAAUGUUCAUUUAGUGUUUGAGUAUUAAGUCUAUCAAACAAGUCAUCACUGUCUUUCUUGUUUUCCAUGAAUAGUUCAAGAUUUUUAAAUACUCUCUUCUCCACUGGCACCUCAUUGUAAUAUCUAAUUGAAUCUUUACCAAGAAAGUCGAACACAACUACAUAUUCUUUGCCAUCCUUUUCCUUAUGUAGUUCUAUAUGUUCAACACGCAAGGAACAGCAACCGACUGUAUCUGCUUGAUCAUCAUCUUUUUCAUUACCUGCUCUUAACGCAAGACGAUCAAUAAAAUAUAAAGCAACUGCCCUUUGACGAACUCUCAUUUCUUUUGCCUUCCAGUCAUUGCGAUAGUUUUCUCUAAUAGUGUCUAUACACUUGUGUAGUUUCCGCGCAGUUUCAUAUUUUUGCCAAUCUUUUUCACCUUUAAGUUUUGAACUGGGAUUUAACAUAACGUAUUUGGCUUGACCUUGAACAUUUUCAGUCCAAGAAGCCAACCAUGUAACAGUGUUGUCAUGUCGAACUUCCUUCCAUUUAUGGCCAGAUGGAGGCUUGGGCACCUUACUAUCCUUGGAACAGUUAAUUAGUACGUCUUCUGGCAUGACACGCUUCUUGAGCAUCCCCAUUUUAGGGUGUUCACCUCGUCCCCUAAACAAGCCAGGAGGUUCUAUUCUAAAAUUACCAAUUUUUUCUUUAUGGCCAUCUAUUAUGCAGAAGCCAUACUCUUUUUGAAUUUCUUCAUUUUUAGCUUUGAGUUCAGCUUUCUCUUCCUUUGUUUUGUUUCUAUUUCUUUCUGAUUGAUUUUGGAAAAACGCAUGCAUUUCUUUAAAAUCACAUUUUGAGAGAUCUUUAAUAGUUUUUGCUUCUUCAUGGGUCAUGACUUUACGCCAAUCAUUAAAGAAGUUUGUAUUAAAUGCAGGUUUGGUGGUAUAGUCGUGAUCAAGCAUCCGAGCAUAAAAUCCAGCCACUUCCUCAGCAUCUUGAGAUAGUCGCAUCUCUUUACCAUCAUAACGGAAUUUCACAUUCGCAGGCAACGGAUCAUAUGGUGGAGCAAAUAAAGGCCCUUUAUGUUCAAGGAACUUCCACUUGGUCCCAUCAUCUUUCUUUUCUUCUUCCCA